GCGGAAGCAUCAGUUGGAGAUAUCGCAGCCAGCACUAUAUCCUGAUGUUGGAAUAACUUGGGAAAUGACCAGGCGGCAAGUUGGAAAGGAGAUGCAUACGAUGACGAAGGAAUUGCCUGGGCAGUGCCAGAAUCAGUAUGCUCCUCCUUGUGCUGGGUUUGUUGAAAUCAUGGCACCUGUCUUUUCAAGGGCGGCAUGGCGCUGUGUUUGGUAUCUCAUACAGAAUGACCUUGUGCAUGGAUGGGGGCUGGACAUGGUCUUGGGAAAGUGUGUGCAGUGGCCUCCAUAUCAGAGAAUAGGGGUGAUUGAUGCGCAGUGGGUCACACAUUUGCGAAUACCUUCACUCGGGAACCAGGGAGAGAAGCACGAUCCGAAGAAGGAAGCCUGGAAAGAGGAGGAGGAGGAGAAGAUGGCCGCCAUUCUGCAGGAGAAGAAGGAGAAGAAGGAGGCCAAGAAGAAGGCCUUGAAGGAGGAGCACGCGGCCAAAUUAAAGAAGAUGGAAGAAGAGAUGGCCAGGGAGAAAGAGAAGUUGAAAAAGGAAGAAGAGGAGAAAAUGAAAGAGGUGGAUGAGGAAGAGGAAGGACCGCCACUGCAAAAGAGUGGGCAGCACAAUAUCUGGCCGCAACUUCCUUAACAGUUUGUUUUUUUUUUUUUUUUUUUUUUUUUUUUUUUUUUUUAAAUCAAAACAGGCCCUUAUG